UUUUGGCACAGCUUAAGCUUCAGCUGCCCAGAGUGACGCGGAAGGCAUCAUGUCGAAGGUGGUGAUCGUUGGCGGAGGCCUUGCCGGGCUGUCCGCGGCCUGCGAGCUGUUGGAGCGCGGCUGCAGCGUGACGAUCCUGGAGAAGAGCCACAACCUCGGUGGCAACUCUUCCAAAGCGACCACAGGCAUCGCCGCUCCGGGAUGUGAGCUUCAAAAGGCGCAAGGCAUCACGGACACCGGCGCAGACCUGACGUCUGCUGAGCCCAUCGCCAAGGAGAUGGUGCAGCAGGGUGCCAAGGACGUGGACUGGUUGCUGAACUUGGCCGGCUGCAAGGAUGAGAUGGUCGUCCGCCUGACACCAGGUCAUGGCAAAGUGGCUCGAACAUUGGGAACCAAAGAUCAUUUUCCAGGAGCCGUGGUUACCUACGCCGUGAUGCACCAGUUGGAGACGAUCGCAAAGGCCAAGCCAGAGAAGUUGAAGAUCGUGACCUCGGCGACCGUCACGAAGUUGUUGACCGAAGGUACCAAGGUGGUUGGCGCAGAGUACCAAGCUGGAGGCACUCAAAAGGAGAUGGGUUUGGUCCUCAUCGCCACGGGCGGCUUCGCGGGCGACACGAGCCCGGCCUCUUUGAUGGCCAAGUGGGCGCCACAACUCCUGCAGGUGCCCACCACAAGUGACGAGCGCACCAAUGGAGAUGGCAUCACUUUGGCCACCGACGUCAAGGCAGCGACUCAGAACAUGAACAUGGUCUCAGUCUAUCCCACCUCCGCCAUUAUUCCAGGGAUGGAGACUGAGAAGUUCAAGAUCGUCCUUUCGGACGCCAUCGUGGGAGCUGGUGGCAAGCUCAUCAAUGCGGAUGGCGCCCAGUUCGUCAGUGAACUGGAGAUUGCUCAAACCCGUGCCGAUGCCAUGGCCAAGAGCAAGGCACCCUUCCGCAUCGUGAUUUCUGAGAAGGACGCCGAGCCAGUGAAGUGGUUGUGCGACUUCUACGUCUCGCGUAAUGUGAUGAAGAAGUAUAGCAGCCCCACGGCGCUGGCCAACGAGAUGAAGAUUCAUUCCACACAGUUCUCUUCCAUGGGCUCUGGCCCUGUCUUGGCUGCCAUGGUGACCCCGGCCACUUACACGUGUGCCGGCGGCUUGGCGACCGACCAGGGUCAAGUCCUCAGCGGCACUGGCCAACCCAUCCAGGGCCUCUUCGCAGCUGGUGAGGUCACCUCGUGCCCAUGCCCACGUGCUUGGUCGGCCAGUGGCGUGCCCUUGCUCUACUCCAUCUAUACGGGUCGCCAGGCCGGCGCCAGCGCCGGUGCGGCGCUGGGCGCCAAGGCCAAGGUGAUGGAACUCUCCAGCGUGGCGAGCGCUGUGGAGGCCAAGAAGCCGGAGAAGAAGGUGGAGGACAUGACGCGUGACGAGCUCUUGACCUAUUGCAAGGAGCUGGAGUCGCGGCCCGCAGCUGCUGCCCCGGCGGCGGCCGCAGGGCCUCCAGGCGUGACGAUGGAGGAAGUGGCCAAGCACAACAAGAAGGACGAUGCUUGGCUCGUGGUGAACGGCGAGGCGAUCGAUGUCACCAAGUGGAUCGCCAUCCACCCGGGCGGCGAGCAGGCCAUCAUGGCUUACCUGGGGAAAGAUGCCACAGAAGACUGGAAUAUGAUCCACAAGAAAGGCACCGUCGAGAAGAAUGCGCAGCACCUGAAGAUGAUGGGGAAGAUCGGUGCGGGUGGUGGGGGCGCCGCCGCCGCACCGGCCGCGGGCGGGGGCGGCUUGACGCCAGAUGAUGUGGCCAAGCACAACAAGAAGGAUGAUGCUUGGAUCAUCGUGAAUGGUGAUGCCUUGGACGUCACCAAGUGGAUUCCCAUCCAUCCAGGUGGAGAGCAGGCCAUCAUGGCGUACCUGGGGAAGGACGCCACUGAGGACUGGAAUAUGAUCCACAAGCGAGGCACCGUUGAGAAGAACAUGCAGCACUUGAAGAAUAUGGGCAAGGUCUCAGGUGCGGCGGCGGCUGCCGCGCCGGCGGGUGGAGGAGAUGAUUCUCCUCCGCCACCCGAUGGCAACGGAGGAAUCCCGGGCAUCAUUGGCGCCUGCAUCUUCUUGCUUUGGAACGUGGUGAAGAUGCUGACCUUCGCUGGGUGGAGCGUGGGCAUUUUCUUUACCGGCAACAUCAAGUUGGACAACAACCGCAUGGGCACCAUGAAAUCGGCGGUCUUUUUGAUUACCUUUACCAUAGUCCACGCCUUGGGCAAUUUCGUGGAUAUGCUGGGAGGUCCGGACGAGCUGAAUGGCGAGGGAUACCUUUUUGAUCGAAUCCAUUGGACGGGUGGCUUGGGACUGGUCAAGGAUUUUCCAUUCUCGGUGGUUGAGGAGUACUUGGCUUUGGCCCUCUUGCUUCAUGUUUCAGUUGCAUUGAAGCGCUCCUACGACAUUACCAUUGGCUAUACCCUUGCCACCGGCCGUUGGAACAUGCUGCUGUCAGGCCUGGUGGUGCUUACAUUUUUGACGAAGCACUUGCAAGACUUCCGUUUUUAUCCCGACUAUGAUUAUGUGGAGCUCAAUGUUCCCGCGUUCCCGUAUAUCAACGUGAGAGGCAUGCUUCAAGGACACGUUUUCACCGAUCCUCAUGGUCUAACUGUCAAGGCGCGGGAUCUCUACUCCCGGGAGGUGGCGCUCUUCAAGGAUUUGAACACCGUUCUCAUCUACACCCUUUGCUUGAUCCUCUUCGUGACCCACCUUUGUCUCGGAUGGAAGAAGUUGGUUCCGGCGGACAUGAUGCAGAUCCCUCGCGAUCACCAGCAGACGGUGAUCUACAUCGGAUGGCUGGCGGCCUUCGCCAUCGCCUUCAUGUACGGCUCUGUGCCCUGGUAUGUCUACUUUGCCAAGCCAGCAGUUGUCGACAACAUCAUCAAGGCAUGAGAGUUGGGACGGACCAGCGCAGACCAGACCUGCGCAGUACAGAUAUGGUGUGGAAUGGUGAGUAGCCUGACGACAUCGGUUUUUUUCACCGUCAAGGGUUUGCGGCCGUGGGCGGAGUACAGAUCUUAGGCUCGAUUGGGCUCCGGAUGGCAAGAUGGAUCUUUUUGUGCUCGCGGAGAAGAGAGAGUUAAUCAAAUAUCAUGGUUUUAUCAUGGUUUAAAUUUAUCAACAGCCAGCUUGCUGUAUACCACCUAUAGAGCAACAACUUACAGCUCUUGGAC